GAGAAACGACUUUCGAACCUUUGGCGGUUGAUUGGGAUUUGUUUGGUGCUUGCCUGAAGCCAGCUAGGUUGGAUGUGAAUAACUUUUAAAAACUUGGCAAGUGAGCUGACGCAUUAACAUGGAUUCAACUAUGUCGAAACUUCUUGUUGGGCUAUCAGUCAACAUCCAACGAAGCGAUGGUAAGCUAAUUUAGCUAGCUAAAGGAAUUGUUAGCUAGCUUUGUUUAUUUAACUUGUUAGUGUUACAGUUAGCCAGAUUUGCCUCCCAAAUUAUUUACAUAGCUAAUAUGAACAUUACUUAGCUAUGUAACGUUAGCACUUAUUUGUUGUAAUACACAGUAACUUUAACGCAUGUCAUUAAGUUCUACGUUAAUAAGUUACAAUCGAAAAAGGCAUUGUUAUUGGUGCAUGCGUGGUUAACGUUGUGGUGUUGAUUAGCUGCUAGUAGGCAUAACUAACUAUAUAGGAUAAUUAAGCAAUUUUUUGAUUUGUUUUUACUAGUUAUGGCCGUUGUAGUACUAAAGUUAGGUGACCUAACGUUACACUAAACAAAAAUAAUUGCAACAUGUAAAGUGUUGGUCCCAUGUUUCAUGAGCUGAAAUAAGAUCCCAGGCAUUUUCCAUGUGCACAGAAAGCUUAUUUCUCUCAUGUUGUGCACAAAUGUGUUUACAUCCAUGUUAGUGAGCAUUUCUCCUUUGCCAAGAUAAUCCAUCCACCUGACAGGUGUGGGAUAUCAAGAAGCUGAUUUAAAAAGCAUGAUCAUUACACAGGUGCACCUUGUGCUGGGGACAAUAAAAGGCCACUCUAAAAUGUGCAGCUUUGUCACACAACACAAUGCCACAGAUGUCUCAAGGUUUGAGGGAGCGUGCAAUUGGCAUGCUGACUGCAGGAAUGUCCACCAGCGCUGUUGCCAGAGAAUGUAAUGUUAAUUUCUCUACCAUAAGCCGCCUCCCAUGUCGUUUCAGAGAAUUUGUCAAUACGUCCAACCGGCCUCACAACCGCAGACCAUGUGUAACCACGCCAGCCCAGGACCUCCACAUUCGACUUCUUCACCUGCGGGAUCGUCCAAGACUAGCCACCUAAACAAGAAUUUCUGCACAAACUGUCUCAGGGAAGCUCAUCUGCGUCCUCGUCGUCCUCACCAGGGUCUUGACCUGACAUCAGUUUGGUGUCGUAACCGACUUCAAUGGGCAAAUGCUCACCUUCGAUGGCCACUGGCACGCUGGAGAAGUGUGCUCUACACGGAUGAAUCCCGGUUUCAACUGUACCGGGCGAGCGGUUUGCUGAUGUCAACAUUGUGAACAGAGUGCACCAUGGUUUAGUUAUGGUAUGGGCAGGCAUAAGCUAUGGACAACGAACACAAUUGCAUUUUAUUCGAUGGCAAUUUGAAUGCACAGAGAUACUGUGACGGGAUCCUGAGGCCCAUUGUCGUGCCAUUCAUCCGCCGCCAUCACCUCGUGUUUCAACAUGAUAUCAAAUGAAAUUGUAUUUGUCACAUGCAUGUGUUUAGCAGAUGUUAUUGCGAGUGUAGCGAAAUGCUUGUACUUCUAGCUCCUACAGUGCAGUAAUAUCUAACAAUUUCACAUAUACACACAAAUCUAAGUAAGGAAUGGAAUUUAAGAAUAUAUACAUAUUUUAGUCAUUUAGCAGACGCUCUUAUCCAGAGCAAUUAGGGUUAAGUGCCUUGCUUAAGGGCACAUCAACAGAUUUUUCACCUAGUCGGCUCUGGGAUUAGAACCAGGUUGAAAAUGUCAGCGGAGCCGGUGUAGUACGAUUCAAUCUUGGUCCUGUAUUGACGCUUUGCCAGUUUGAUGGUUUGUCGGAGGUCAUAGCGGGAUUUCUUAUAGGUGUCCGGGUUAGAGUCCCGCUCCUUGAAAGCGGCAGCUCUACCCUUUCGCUCAGUGCGGAUGUUUCCUGUAAUCCAUGGCUUCUGGUUGGGGUAUGUACGUACGGUCACUGUGGGGACGACAUCAUCGAUGCACUUAUUCAUGAAGCCAGUGACUGAUGUGGUGUACUCCUCAAUGCUAUUGAAAGAAUCCCGGAACAUAUUCCAGUCUCUGCUAGCAAAACAGUCCUGAGCUUAGCAUCUGCGUCAUCUGACCACUUCCGUAUUGAGCGAGUCACUGGUACUUCCUGCUUUAGUUUUUGCUUGUAAGCAGGAAUCGGGAGGAUAGAAUUAUGGUUAGAUUUGCCAAAUGGAGGGUGAGGGUGAGUUUUGUAUGCGUCUCUGUGUGUGGAGUAAAGGUGGUCUAGAGUUUUAAUUUUUUUCUCUCCUCUGGUUGCACAUUUAACAUUCUGGUAGAAAUUAGGUUUAAGUUUCCCAUGCAUUAAAGUCCCCGGCCACUAGGAGCGCCACCUCUGGAUGAGCAUUUUCUUGUUUGCUUAUGGCCUUAUACAGCUCGUUGAGUGCGGUCUUAGUGCCAGCAUCGGUUUGUGGUGGUAAAUAGACAGCUACGAAAAAUAUAGAUUGACUCUCUUGGUAAAUAGUGUGGUCUACAGCUUAUCAUGAGAUACUCUAGCUCAGGCGAGCAAAAUCUUGAGACUUCCUUAAUGUUAGAUUUCUUGCACCAGCUGUUAUUUACCAAUAUACACAGACCGCCACCCCUUGUCUUACAGGAGGCAGCUGUUCUAUCUUGCCGAUGCACCGAAAAUCCUGCCAGCUGUAUGUUAUCCAUGUCGUCGUUCAGCCACACUCGGCGAAACAUAAGAUAUUACAGUUUUUAAUGCCAUUAAACUCUGUAAUUGCUUUAAAGUCACCAUUGGCCUCAUGGUGAAAUCCCUGAGCUGUUUCCUUCCUCUCCAGCAACUAAAUUAGGAAGAACGCCUGCAUCUUUGUAGUGACUGGGUGUAUUGAUACACCAUCCAAAGUGUAAUUAAUAACUUCACCAGGCUCAAAGAGAUUUGUCUGCUUUUUUUAUUUUUACCCAUCUACCAAUAGGUGCCCUUCUUUGAAAGGCAUUAGAAAACCUCCCUGGUCUUUGUGGUUGAAACUGUGUUUGAAAUUCACUGCUCAACUGAGGGACCUUACAGAUCAUUGUAUGUGUGGGUUACAGAGAUGAGGUAGUCAUUCAAAAAUCACGUUAAACACUAUUCCACAAAGUGAGUCCAUGCAAUUUAUUAUGUGACUUGUUAAGCACAUUAUUACUCCUGAAUUUAUUUAGGCUUGCCAUAAGGGGUUGAAUACUUAUUGACUCGAUGUUUCAGCCUUUCAUUUUUAAGGAAUUUGUAAAAAAUUGUAAGAACAUAAUUACACUUUGAAAUUAGGGGUUAUUGUGUGUAGGCCAGUGAGAGAACAUCUCCAUUUAAUCAAUUUAAAAUUCAGGCUGUAACACAACAAAAUAUAGAAAAAGUAAAGGGGUGUGAAUACUUUCUGAAGGCAUUGUAGCUCUGGUCCAGGGCAUUGCUGUGGCCUAGCUAACGGGGUGUAAUUUACAUGAUAUUACUGACUUCUAAAUGUCUUUACAGGGCGAGUGCAUCCUGCAAACGUCAAAUCUGUGGAUUCCACAAAGAGAACUGUGAUGGUUGAAUGGUUUGAGAAAUCUGUAUGCAGGGGAAAAGAGGUAAGUAGCUCGAGAGAGACAAGUGCCUUAUCUAUGUUACAGAUAUUGGACUAAACGCCACUCCGUGGUGAACUUCCUUCACCGUGGAGUUUAGUCCGUUAUGUUAGAGUACAAUUCAACAAGUGUCAUGAUUAUGCAUUUUGCAUCGUCACACUUUUUUGCUUUGUACCAGAAGUGCUCCAUCUUGAGAACUUUACUGCUGACAUGCACAAUUUCUUGCGACCAUAUCAACAGUGCAAUAAUUAACAAAAUACUAAUGGAUGUUUUUGUUAUGGACUCAAGUGAUCCGGAUGGCAAUAGUUGCAUCUUUCAUAGAUCUAUCUAUGCGCUGUAAGUCUUGUCAACUGAAACUGGUGAUUGUUGACAUACUACUAUUCCUGCUCUUUAGCUCGAAAUGAAUGAAUUAUGGCCCCUGAACGAAGCACUUUUUGAGCACAUGAAACCAACUAGUACAUCUGCUCCUCCAGAGAAGGUAAGCAUACUCUAGGGAUGGGCCUAGGAACUUGAGGUUCAAAGUGCAUUCAAUUUGAAAGUUUGUGGUCCUAACAUCAGGAGCAAUGUUUACAUGUGUGAUUUUAUUUUCUCCAGAAAUAUGAAAGCCGUCUCCGUUCAUCCAGGAUCCCUGCUCCUUCCAUUCGUAAGUGAUUUUGCCUAGUUCUAGUAUGUCUUAGAAGUGUGUUUCAUUGGUGUGUGUGAUGGUUAAUUAUGGAUAUUUCCUUCAUAAGCUUCUGCUCCAGCGGGUCCUCCUGAGGAGACAGGUUUGCAUACAAUGCAUGUUCUUCUCAAAGCAAAUCAAAUGCUAAAUCACUUUAUAUGAGAUGGAAUCACAUCAUAUAGGCCUAUUUCCCUGCACACUUAGGCUGUUUACACAGGCAACCCAAUUCUGAUCUUCUGCCACUAAUUGGUCUUUUGACCAAUCAGAUCUUCAGUCACUAAUUUGUCUUUUGACCAAUCAGAUCAGAUUUCUUGCCAAUAAUUGGGCAAAAUAUCAGAAUGGGGCUGCCUGUGGGCAGCCUUAUACCUUGAUUUGAAGAUACAGGCCAUUAUGUGACUCCAUCUUCAGGUGCACAAUCAUUUUACUCUUAUCUUUACUUACUUGUGCACAAUAACUUUACUCAUUGAUUAACUAAUGUAGAGUAUACUAUACUGUUUCAACUAGAAUGCAAAUAGUUUUCCAAUAGUUCCAGACACUUGUAGAAUCUAUGCCAAAGGGCAUUGAAGCUGUUCUGGCGUCUCAUGGGGGCCCAACGCUCUAUUAAGACAAUUUGUUGGUGUUUCAUCUAUUUUGACAGUUACCUGUAAACUAUACUGUUUCCUACUAUACUGAACAAAAAUAUAAACGCAACAUGCAACAAUUUCAACGAUUUUAUCUGAGUUACAGUUCAUAUUAGGAAAUCAGUCAAUUGAAAUAAAUUCAUUAGGUCCUAAUCUAUUGAUUUCACAUGACUGGGCAGGGGCACAGCCAUGGCCCAUCCACUGGGGAGCCAGGCCCAGCCAAUCAGAAUAUUUUUCUGCCACAAAAGGCCUUUAUUUCAGACGAAAUACUCCUCAGUUUCAUGAGCUGUCCGGGUGGCUUAUCUCGGCAAAGAAGCCGAAUGUGCUGGCGUGGUCUACGGUUGUGACACCGGUUGGACGUACUGCCAAAUUCUCUAAAAUGCUGUAGGCAGCUUAUGGUAGAGAAAUGAACAUUCAAUUAUUUGGCAACAGCUCUGGUGGACAUUUCUGCAGUCGGCAUGCCAAAUGCACGCUCCCUCAAGUUGAGACAUCUGUGGCAUUGUUGUGUGACAAACUGCACAUUUUAGAGGGGCCUUUUAUUGUCCCCAGCACAGGGUGCACCUGUGUAAUGAUCAUGCUGUUUAAUCAGCUUCUUGAUGUGCCACACCUGUCAGGUAGAUGGAUUAUCUUGGCAAAGGAGAAAUGCUCACUAACAGGGAUGUAAACACAUUUCUGCACAAAAUUGUGCGUAUGAAAACAUUUUAAUAAAAUGUGCGUAUGGAACAUUUCUGGGAUCUUUUAUUUCAGCUCAUGAAACCAACACUUUACAUCAGGGUUCUUCAAUUCCGGUCAUGGAGGGCCGAACCAACUUUCUGUUUUGAUUCUUACCUGGUAGUUAAUUGCACUCACCUGGUGUCCCAGUUCUGAAGUAGCCCUGAUUAGAAGGAUGAGGAUGAAAAACAGAGGUGUUUCGGCCCUCCAGGACCGGAAUUGAAGAACCCUGCUUUACAUAUUGCGUUUAUAUUUUUGUUCAGUAUAGAAUGCCAUUUUGUGACAAAAGGUUCCUUAUGUGAUGGGUUCCAAAAUAUUCAAACUAUAUAGACAUAUUUAUACGGUAAAUUGACCCUAGGCAGUUUGCUUAAGGGUACUAGCACUCUUUCUAGUGAAAUGGAUCUUAUUUCUUAACAUACUAGUAGUUAGGUGUUCUUGGUUGUUUCCACAAACACACCACAACUCCUUCUAAAAGCACUAAAGUGGUUCCCAAAGCUACUGUCUGCUUUUCUCUUUUUAACACGGCACUGUUUCUGCUUCAUCUCUGUUUUACAGCUUAUGUUGAAAUCAAAAGUAAUGUAUUUGCUGCAAUUCUCAUUGAUUAUGGCAUGCCAGAUUCACCCAACUAAAAUUGAACACUGAUUAUUAGUGGUGGUAUGAAGGAGCUGGCCAGCUGUUUAGUAGGACUACAUAUAAAUCAUUAUAUUUCUAUGGUUUGGUGUCUAGUGUUGGGAUCAGUAGGAUGAUGAACAGGAGUUAUUAAUCACACCAAAGCUACUUCAUUUAACUAUAGUGGUAAAUGUGCUAAAUGUACACCUUUCCUCUCAGUUCCACUUCCAAGAAAGUCUACACGGCAGACAUGCUUGUUCCAGACCCCUGCUCCUGUCUCUGAGCCUGCUGCUAAGACUAAGCAUGACUCCCUGUCUUCAGAGUAUCCUCCCUCUGUCCUCAAAGCUUCAGGUGGGGGGUGCAUCUAUGAUUUCUGAUGUAUUGCCUUUCACCUAUAGCCUGGUCCCAGAUCUGUUUGUGCUCUUGGCAACUCCAUUGCAGUCAUUGUCAAGCCUUUGUUUGGCGUGAGAAGGAGUUGGCAUGAUGGCAUAAACAUACUGGCAUAAUUUAUCCCAUUACCCACUGAAUGCUUCACUCAGUGACUCGGAGACCUCUUGAUAUUCACCUUUGUCAUCCUGCUUCAUUUUCCAGGUGUGCCCAACCGAGAGGGGAAGAGGAACAAUCAGAGACAGACUGCUGUCCUGCCUCCAGUCAACGAGGACCUAAAGGAGAAUGAGGCCAAGAGUGUCUCCUCAGUCACCUCAAGUGAGCUUUAGGAACUUUGAGUCACACACAUCACUAUGUUUAUCGCCCUGGGCCUGUAUUUUUUAAUUGCCUCGGAAGAGGAGUUCUGAUCUAGGAUCAGUUUAGCCUUAUAGAUCACAAUGAAUAAGAUUAAAUAGACCUAGAUCCUAGUCUGAGAUGCCCUGCUAUCUUUGAGUAUCUUCAUCUCAUUAGAUAUCUUCACUCUUUCAGGCAGACGGAGAUCAGUGCUACCCCAAGACAUGAGCAAACCAGUGUACAAAAGAUUGUCCCAUGCAGUCAAGAGCUCUGACAUGGUGCCCAAGAAAGGAAAAGUAAGAGAAUUGAUCACAAAUGAGACAGUGGUCGUGUCUGAAUACCCAUAUUAGUGUACUAAAUAGUAUGUGAAAAUAUAGUAUGUGAAAUCUCGCGUUGACUCCCGCCAUUUGUUAAUUUUGGUAGAGCGCGUCAAUUCAUCUGAUUAUCAGCUGUUGUCAAACACGUGAGUUGGAAAAGACGAGUGAAUUCUACUAGAUCAAACACCGAAAUGAGUAUGCAGUUUAAGUAUGUAGUACUCUAGUAUGGGUAUUCGGACACGGCCACUGUUUGUUUGUUUACCUGGUACUACUGGCCCAUGUCCUGUGUUAAUUCAUCUUUUUGUAGAUGCAUACUAGUAGGUAUAUCGGACUUACUGUCAAUUUCCCCUUUUAUUUUCAUUUGAAGCUGAGAACACAGUAAAAGCCUUUACUAAUGUAUUGGCAAUAUUAAAUACUACUACCAUCACUUUCUCCAAUACAUGUAUUUCUGUUCCCUGUAGUUUGAAGACUCAAACCGACCGAACAAGCAGUUUUACCAGAUGAUUGAAGAGUUCAGAGAGACCUUGGAAGUACUUCCUUUAUCUCCAUCUGAUACGGUAAGAUGGAGGACAAGUGUUGAAAUGUGGAAGGCUAUUCAUAACUAGUGUUUAUCAGAUAUGUAAUGUUCUUUUUGGUCCACAGGUUGAAGCUCAUAGAAUCUGUGUGUGCGUUCGCAAGCGUCCUCUCAACAAUAAAGGUUACUUUUAACUGACCAAACUAAGACUCUUAUCUGACUUACCUGUAUCCACCAACCUGCUUCUCAAGUCCUCUUUAAUGUUGACUUUCUAUGUGUGGUUGACUUAGAGGUGACUAAGAAAGAGAUUGAUGUGGUGUCUAUCCCUGGUAAUGGAACGAUGCUCCUUCAUGAGGCCAAGCAGAAAGUGGAUCUGACAAAGUACCUUGACAACCAGGUCUUCCAUUUUGACUACUCCUUUGACGAGUCAUCCACCAAUGACUUAGUGUACAGGUAUUCACAUUUUAUUGAUUUCUAAACAAUAUUGUGUUCAGUUUUUCUCUAUCAGGGUUAUUUUACAAUUUACUGAUAAAAAAAUAAAAACUUUCUGUUCAAAUACCCUUUGCAAGUAUGUUCUCUUGUAUGACGUUUGUUGGUUGUAUCAUCAUUACUGUUUUCGCAAGAUGGUUAUAUACCAAUAUUUUUCACUGGUAGGUUCACUGCCAAGCCUCUUGUCCAGACCAUCUUUGACGGAGGGAUGGCAACUUGUUUUGCUUACGGACAAACUGGAAGUGGUAAAACUCACGUAAGUCUUUCCCUUUACCUGACAGGCUGACACUAUAGCAGUUUUGUCUUAAAAUCCACCAGAUUUUUUUUAACAUGUCAUGUAAAGUUUGUACCUAUCUUUUACCCUAUUCAGACAAUGGGAGGAGAUUUUUCAGGGAAGAGCCAGAACAGCGCCAAAGGGAUCUAUGCCAUGGCAGGUAAUUCAUUGUCUACUUGCCAAUGGCUUCAACAACAUUACAUUUUUAGCUUAAGUUAUUAGGGAUGUAAUGAUUCACCGAUACGCAUCAGUCUCCGGUUCAAAUGUUUAAGACAUGAGUGCUUUGUUUAUUUAUUUUUUGGUACUUGUCUUACCUUUUUACUGCACUGUUAGGAGCUAGAACCACAAGCAUUUCGCUGCACCCGCUAUAACAUCUACUAAACUGUUUAAGCGAGCAAUAAAAGUAUUUGAUUUGGAAAUAUUUUGAUAGUCCUAGAUAUUUCUGAGAUCAGUACUAAGGAAUAGAUCUGUCCACCUCACAUAUUAGAUGCAAAGAAAAAGGUUAUGUACGUGAAGGUUAUGUAAAUAACCUUUACUUAGGCCAUACUUCCAUGAUGUCUUUCAGUGUCUUGUAACUCCUUGUUCCUCUUUGUUCUUCAGCUCAGGAUGUGUUCGCCCUCCUGAAGCAGAGGAGAUAUUCCAGUCUGGACCUGUGUCCCUAUGUGACCUUCUUUGAGAUCUACAACAGCAUGGUGCGAAGGAAACGCUCAUAGUGCUCCUCAAGCAGCUUGGUGGUUUGGAUGGUUGACAUGUUUUGUUGGUGGAGAAUCCAUGAUAAUAGGACAAAAGUUUAGAGAAGACUAAUUUGACAUUUUGCUAACACACUUGCUUACUCUCCUCAGGUAUUUGAUUUGCUGAACAAGAAGGCCAAGCUGAGAGUGCUAGAGGAUGAGAAACAACAGGUCCAGGUGGUCGGCCUGCAGGAGAUGUACGUGUCGUGUGCUGAAGACGUCAUCAAGAUGAUUGAGAUGGGCAGUGCAUGCAGGUACACAUUUUUUAUUUUUUUACUCCAACCAGGGUGUGUUCAGUGAGGUGAAACGCUCAGAACUUUACAGAUAGAAGUGUAAUGAAUAUGGUUGACAUUACUACCUAUUCUACUUGAUAGACAAUCAUAUCUGUUCUACAUUAUACAUUUCUAUCUGAAUGUUCUGUAACAUUGCACCCUCCUGAACAGGCCCCUUGUCUUUCUCUCCUGACUUUGUCAACCAUAUGUGUUGUGUUCUUGGUUGUUUUUUUUUGACAAAUAUGGGCCCAAUAUCUUUCUCAGAAGAGGAAAGAAAAGCAGCACACUGGCAUUGGAGCGCUGCUCAUCUUUUCUCUAAGUGUUCUACUCCGCCAACCCAGGUGGGCGUUUUCCUGUCUCCAGACUGACCAAUAUCCAGGGUGAAAGUAGAUGUAAUUUCUUCCUGGUACGGGACCUCCUGUGUGUGCACCAAAAAAUGUAUCGUGGCAUUGCGGCCCCCCUCCUAUCCUCCUAGCUAAACUAUAAUAGUGUAGGCUACAGCAGGGCCGGCAGUAGGUUUGGCAUUGGGCCUAUUUUUUUUCUCACCUAAUAGUUGGCAGAACAACAUAAUUGUAGCCCAAUUCAUAUGCCUGUGCUACAAAUUUAAACAACUUUUAACACAUCUGGUUAGUAGGCUAUAUAAAUCACUUAAAUAUCAAUAACAUAUCCUAAUAUUUUCAAUCUGAUUACACUGAUAAAAUCUUAAAUCAUUUAAACAUCUUUUCUCAGAAAGUGGAAAGCUCAAUUAAUAGGGACAAAAGAUAAGUCACAUUUUUGUCUCGAAUAUUGAAUCCCGCAGCUCAGCUUCAGAAUGUCAUAGAAACUAAUCAAUAUAUCCCCAUAUGCAUCAGUCACAUCUUUGGUUUUAAAGCUUCUGUCUAGCAUAAUGCAUCACGGAUUUAAGCAUUGUUAUAGAACACUUUUGUAUUUUAUUAUGGAUCCCCAUUAGCUGCUGUCAAGGCAGCAUCUACUCUUCCUGGGGUUCAGCAAAAUUAAGGCAGUUAUACAUUUACAAUACAUUCAUAACAGAUUUCACAACAUAUUAAGUGUAUGCCCUCAGGCCUCUACUCUACUACCACAUCUAUAACACAAUCCAUGUGUACGUGUGUAUAGUGCGUAUGUUAUCGUGUGUUUGUAUGCAUGUGUCUAUGUUUGUGUUGCAUCACAGUCCCCGUUGUUCCAUAAGGUGUAUUUUUACCUGUUGUUUUUUUUCAAUCUGAUUCUACUGCUUGCAUCAGUUACCUGAUGUGGUAUAGAGUACCAUGUAGUCAUGGCUCUAUGUAGUACUGUGCGCCUCCCAUAGUCUGUUCUGGACUUGGGGACUGUGAAGAGACCUCUGGUGGCAUGUCUUGUGGGGUAUGCAUGGGUGUCCGAGCUGUGUGCCAGUAUUCCAAACAGACAGCUCGGUACAUUCAGCUUGUCGACACCUCUUACAAAAACAAGCAGUGAUGAAGUCAAUCUCUCUUCCACACUGAGCCAGGAGAGACUGACAUGCAUGUCAUUAAUGUUAGCUCUCCAUGUACUUUUAAGGGCCAGCCGUGCUGCUCUGUUCUGAGCCAACUGCAAUUUUCCCUAGUCCCUCUUUGUUGCACCUGACCACACUACUGAACAAUAGUCUAGGUGCGACAAAACUAGGGCCUGUAGGACCUGCCUUGUUGAUAGUGUUGUUAAGAAGGCAGAGCAGCGCUUAAUUAUGGACAUACUUCUCCCCGUCUUAGCUACUGUUGUAUCAAUAUGCUUUGACCAUGACAGUCUACAAUCCAGGGUUACUCCAGCAGUUUAGUCACCUCAACUUAUUCAAUUUCCACAUUAUUCAUUACGAGAUGUAGUUGAAGUUUAGGGUUUAGUGAAUGAUUUGACCCAAAUACAAUGCUUUUAGUUCUGGAAAUAUUCAGGACUAACUUAUUCCUUGCCACCCAUUCCGAAACUAACUUCAACUCUUUGUUAAGUGUUGCUGUAGUAGCUGAUGUGUAUAGUGUUGAGUCAUCCGCAUACAUAGACACACUGGCUUUACUCAAAGCCAGUGGCAUGUCGUUAGUAAAGAUGGAAAAAAGCAAGGGGCCUAGACAGCUGCCCUGGGGAAUUCCUGAUUCUACCUGGAUUAUGUUUGAGAGGCUUCCAUUAAAGCACACCCUCUGUGUUCUGUUAGACAAGUAACUCUUUGUCCACAAUAUAGCAGGGGGUGUAAAGCCAUAACACAUACGUUUUUCCAGCAGCAGCAGAUUUUGAUCGAUAAUGUCAAAAGCUGCACUGAAGUCUAACAAAACAGCCCCCACAAUUUUUUUUAGCAUCAAUUUCUCUCAGCCAAUCAUCAGUAAUUUGUGUAAGUGCUGUGCUUGUUGAAUGUCCUUCUCUAUAAGCAUGCUGAAAGUUUGUCAAUUUGUUUACAGUCAAAUAGCAUUGUAUCUGGUCAAACAGGUUUUUUCCGAUAGUUUACUAAGGGUUGGUAACAGGCUAACUGGUCGGCUGUUUGAGCCAGUAAAGAGUGCUUUAGUGUUCUUAGGUAGUGGAAUGACUUUUGCUUCCCUCCAAGCCUGGGAGCACACCCAUUCUAGUAGGCUUAAAUUGAAAAUAUAGCAAAUAGGAGUGGCAAUAUCGUCCGCUAUUAUCCUCAGCAAUUUUCCAUCCAAGUUCUCAGACCCCGGUGGCUUGUCAUUGUUAAUAGACAACAACAAUUUGUUCACCUCUUCCACACUCACUUUACGGAAUUCCAAAUUACAAUGCUUGUCUUUCAUAAUUUGGUCAGAUAUAUACUACCGUUCAAAAGUUUGGGGUCACUUAGAAAUGUCCUUGUUUUCGAAAGAGAAGCUAUUUUUUUUUGUCCUUUUUAAAAUAACAUAAAAUUGAUCAGAAAUACAGUGUAGGCAUUGUUAAUGUUGUAAAUGGCUAUUGUAGUUGGAAACGGCUGAAUUGUAAUGGAAUAUCUACAUAGGCGUACAGAGGCCCAUUUAUCAGCAACCAUCAGUCCUGUGUUCCAAUGGCACGUUGUGUUUGCUAAUCCAAAUUUAUCAUUUUAAAAGGCUAAUUGAUCAUUAGAAAACCCUUUUGCAAUUAUGUUAGCACAGCUGAAAACUGUUGUGCUGAUUUUAAAGAAGAAAUAAAACUGGCCUUCUUGAGACUAGUUGAGUAUCUGGAGCAUCAGCAAUUGUUGGUUCGAUUACAGGCUCAAAAUGGCCAGAAACAAAGAACUUUCUUCUGAAACUCGUCAGUCUGUUCUUGUUCUGAGAAAUGAAGGCUAUUCCAUGCGAGAAAUUGCCAAGAAACUGAAGAUCUCCUACAACGCUGUGUACUACUCCCUUCACAGAACAGCGCAAACUGGCUCUAACCAGAAUAGAAAGAGUGGGAGGCCCCGGUGCACAACUGAGCAAGAGGACAAAUACAUUAGUGUCGAGUUUGUGAAACAGACGCCUCACAGGUCCUCAACUGUCAGCUUAAUUAAAUAGUACCCGCAAAACACCAGUCUCAACGUCAACAGUGAAGAGGCGACUCCGGGAUGCUGACCUUUUAGGCAGAGUUGAAAAAAAAAAAAAAAACAUCUCAGACUGGCCAAUAAAAAUAAAAUAUUAAGAUGGGCAAAAGAACACAGACACUGGACAGAGGAAGAUUGGAAAAAAGUGUUAUGGACAGACUAAUCAAAGUUUGAGGUGUUCGGAUCACAAAGAAUAACAUUUGUGAGACGCAGACCAAAUUAAAAGAUGCUGGAGGAGUGCUUGAUGCCAUCUGUCAAGCAUGGUGGAGGCAAUGUGAUGGUCUGGGGGUGCUUUGGUGGUGGUAAAGUGGGAGAUUUGUACAGGGUAAAAGGGAUAUUGAAGAAGGAAGGCUAUCACUCCAUUUUGAAACGCCAUGCCCCAUACCCUGUGGACGGCGCUUGAUUGGAGCCAAUUUCCUCCUACAACAGGACAAUGACCCAAAGCACAGCUCCAAACUAUGCAAUAACUAUUUAGGGAAGAAGUAGUCAGCUGGUAUUCUGUCUAUAAUGAAGUGGCCAGCACAGUCACCGGAUCUCAACCCUAUUGAGCUGUUGUGGGAGCAGCUUGACCGUAUGGUACGUAAGAAGUGCCCAUGAAGCCAGUCCAACUUGUAGGAGGUGCUUCAGGAAGCAUGGGGUGAAAUCUCUUCAGAUUACCUCAACAAAUUGACAACUAGAAUGCCAAAGGUCUGCAAGGCUGUAAUUGCUGCAAAUGGAGGAUUCUUUGACGAAAGCAAAGUUUGAAGGACACAAUUAUUAUUUCAAUUAAAAAUAAUUAUUUCUAACCUUUUCAAUGACUACAUUUCCUAUUCUAACUCAUUUCAUGUAUGCUUUCAUGGAAAACAAGGACAUUUCUAAGUGACCCCAAUGGUAGUGUACUUGGAUGUGUAGUGUCAGCAAUUGUUGCUGGCAUGUUAUGCCUAAGUUUGCUGAUCUUGCCAAUGAAAAAAUUAUUAAAGUAGUUGGCAAUAGCAGUUGGUUUUGUGAUUGAAUGAGCAAUCUGAUUCAAUGAAUGAUGGAGCUGAGUUUGCCUUUUUUCCCAAAAUUGAUUUUAAGGCGCUCCAAAGCUUUUUACUAUCAUUAUUUAUGUCAUUUAUCCUUGUUUCAUAGUGUGUUUCUUCUUUUUAUUCAAUUUAGUCACAUGCCAAUCGGUUGUGCAGCCAGACUUAUUUGCCAUUCCUUUUGCCUCAUCCCUCUCAACCAUACAAUCUUUCAAUUCCUCAUCAAUCCACAGGGAUUUAAGUUUUUAGUCAUUUUCUUUAAAAGUGCUUUCAUCUCAAUCUUAAAUAAGCAUGCCCCAUUUAAAAAAAUUCAGAACUAAGAACAGAGAUAGCCCCUGGUUCUCCUCAGACUUGACUGCCCUUGACCAGCACAAAAACAUCCUGUGGCGUACUGCAUUAGCAUUGAAUAGCCCCCGCGAUAUGCAACUUUUCAGGGAAGUUAGGAACCAAUAUACACAAGCAAAGGCUAGCUUUUUCAAACAGAAAUUUGCAUCCUGUAGCACUAACUCCAAAAAGUUUUGGGACACUGUAAAGUCCAUGGAGAAUAAGAGCACCUCCUCCCAGCUGCCCACUGCACUGAGGCUAGGAAACACUGUCACUACCGAUAAAUCUACAAUAAUGGAGUAUUUCAACAAGCAUUUUGCUACGGCUGGCCGUGCUUUCCACCUGGCUACCACUACAUUUACAUUACAUUUUAGUCAUUUAGCAGACGCUCUUAUCCAGAGCGACUUACAGUUAGUGAAUACAUUAUUUAUUUAUUUUUAUACUGGCCCCCCGUGGGAAUCGAACCCACAACCCUGGCGUUGCAAACGCCAUGCUCUAUCAACUGAGCUACAUCCCUGACGGCCAUUCCCUCCCCUACCCUGGACGACGCUGGGCCAAUUGUGCGUCGCCCAUGAGUCUCCCGGUCGCGGCCGGCUGCGACAGAGCCUGGAUUCGAACCAGGAUCUCUAGUGACACAGUUAGCACUGCGAUGCAGUGCCUUAGACCACUGCGCCACUCAGGAGCUCACUACCCCGGCCACCAGCUCUGCACCCUCCGCUGCAACUUGCUGGUCAUGGGUGCACCUCAGCCACGCUCAAGGUCCUAAACGAUAUUAUAACCGCGAUCGAUAAUAGACAGUACUGUGCAGCCGUCUUCAUCGACCUGGCCAAGGCUUUCAACUCUGUCAACCACCGCAUUCUUAUUGGCAGACUAAAUAGCCUUGGUUUCUCAAAUGACUGCCUCGCCUGGUUCACCAACUACUUUUCAGAUAGAGUUCAAUGUGUCAAAUCGGAGGGCCUGUUGUCUGGACCUAUGGCAGUCUCUAUGGGGGUGCCACAGGGUUCAAUUCUCAGGCUGACUCUUUUCUCUGCUGGUGACUCUCAGAUCCACCUCUACGCAGACGACACCAUUUUGUAUACAUCUGGCCCUUCAUUGGACACUGUGUUAACAAACCUCCAAACGAGCUUCAAUGCCAUACAACACUCCUUCCGUAGCCUCCAACUGCUCUUAAACACUAGUAAAACUAAAUGCAUGCUCUUCAAUCGAACGCUGCUGGCACCCGCCCGCCCGACUAGAAUCACUACUCUCGGCGGGUCUGACCUAGAGUAUGUGGACAACUACAAAUACCUAGGUGUCUAGUUAGACUGUAAACUAUCCUUCGACUCACAUUAAGCAUCUCCAAUCCAAAGUUAAAUCUAGAAUCUGCUUCCUAUUUCGCAACAAAGCCUCCUUCACUCAUGCUGCCAAACAUACCCUCGUUAAACUGACUAUCCUACCGAUCCUUGACUUCAGCGAUGUCAUUUACAAAAUAGCUUCCAACACUCUACUCAGCAAAUUGGAUGUAGUCUAUCACAGUGCCAUCCGUUUUGUCACCAAAGCCCCAUAUACUACCCACCACUGUGACCUGUACGCUCUUGUUGGCUGGUCCUCACUACAUAUUCGUCGCCAAACCCACUGGCUCCAGGUCAUCUAUAAUCACUGCUAGGCAAAUCCCCGCCUUAUCUUAGCUCAUUGGUCACCAUAGCAACACCCACCCGUAGUAUGCGCUCCAGCAGGUAUAUCUCACUGGUCAUCCCCAAAGCCUACACCUCCUUUGGCCACCAUGCCUUCCAGUUCUCUGCUGCCAAUGACUGGAACGAACUGCAAAAAUCUCUGAAGCUGGAGACACUUAUCUCCCUCACUAACUUUAAGCAUCAGUUGUCAGAGCACCUUACCGAUCACUGCACCUGUACACAGCCCAACUGAAAUUAGCCCACCCAACUACCUCAUCCCCAUAUUGUUAUUUAUUUUUCUCAUUUGCACCCCAGUAUCUCUAUUUGCACAUCAUCUCUUGCACAUCUCUUGCACAUUUGCACUAUCAUUCCAGUGUUAAUACUAAAUUGUUAUUUUGCACUAUGGCCUAUUUAUUGCCUUACCUCCAUAACUUGCUACAUUUGCACACACUGUAUAUAUAUAUUUUCUGUUGUAUUUUUGACUUUGUUUUGUUUACCCCAUAUGUAUCUCUGUUGUUUUUAUCGCACUGCUUUGCUUUAUCUUGGCCAGGUCGCAGUUGUAAAUGAGAACUUGUUCUCAACUGGCUUACCUGGUUAAAUAAAGGUGAAAUAAAAAAAAUGGGUGCAUGCUUAUUAGUAACUGGAUUAAGCAAUUUCAUAAAUGUGUCAAGUGCAGUGUCUGUUUGCUCCUCAUUACACUCCACGGACCAACAUAUAUUCUUUACAUCAACAACAUAGGAAUCACUACAAAACGUAUUGUAUGAUCUCUUAUACACUAUAUUAGGCCCAGCCCAGCCUUUGGAACUUUGGUUUUCCUAGAUAUGGCUACUAUAUUGUGAUCACUACAUCCAAUGGAUUUGGAUACUGCUUUCAAACAAAUCUCUGCAGCAUUAGUAAAGAUAUGAUCAAUACUGUACUGUUUAUAACCACCCUGGUAGGUUGACUGAUAACCUGAACCAGGUUGCAGGCACUGGUUACGGUUUGAAGCUUUCUCUUGAGUGGGCAGCCUGAUGAAAGCCAGUCAAUAUUUAAAUCACCCAGAAAGUAUACACUUUAUAUUAUCUGGAUACUUUUUAUUUAUACAUAAAUAUAAAGUUAACAAUUGGUAGGCCUAUCCUUUUUGCCUUUUUCUUUAGAAAGGGUAUGGUAUACCCUCACUCAAUUUGAGCCCUGGUUUUAACCAAACACACCCAGUCCUUCUCAGACUAUACGGAGUGCAUGGUGAUAGUAUUGGCGGAUUUUGGCUACUGACAAAUUUAUGGAUAGCAUAAUUGUGUCUGUCAAACAGGUAGGCCUGCCUCAUUUUGUUAUUUUAUAGGAAGAAAUAAGCUCCAACAAAGCCCUCUUGUUAGUGAAGUCAAAAUGAAAAUGAAGACGGUUGUUUAAAUGAAUUAUUUUCAGCACCAUUUGCUGUCCACCUCGGUUUGAUUAUUCUGCAUCCGCUCCAAAGCUGAUGUUUGCCUUUUUAGUUGACUUUCACCUGCACUAGCUCCUCAUAAGGUAAUGAUUUAAAAAGUGUCUCAUGACAUUGUAAUACAUGUGGUCUCCAGUCUAUGGGCUACAGAAAAACCACAUGCGGUACUACUUUCAACUGUAGGCUACAUCAUUUAGCCCAUGUUAAAUUAAUUUGAUGGAGUGUUGAUGGAGGUGCAUUGUUUUUGGGCAGAAUAAUGUGAUGUGUUAUGUGUUGUUGAAGGUGCGUCUUGGUCAGUUUAGCUCGGAAAAUGCCGCCCUCGUCAAACUGCCGCUCUAGGUGGCUGCCUAAUCCUGCCUAAUGGGCGGGGCCUGCCGUGGGGCCUAAUCAUAGUUAUAUUUAGAAUCCCUAUUAAUUCAAUAGCAUCUCUGUGGUCCUAGUCAUAAAGAUUUGUCAUUUGACUUUUAAAAUGUGUUACCAAUGUAUUACCAGUCACAUCGUUUUCAUCUGAUUGUCAAUCACUUCAAAGGGCUCCUUUACUAGGCUACCCGUGCAAGUUUCUCCACUCACAACAUAUUUCAAGCCUCUGAAAAAUAGGUGAAUGGAAAGAGACAUAUGUUACACAAAACACCAAGUGUAAAGACAUUUGUCAACUGUCAUUAGGCCAGAAUUAAUGCCUCCACUGCUGUCCCCGUUCGGUUUCCGCCACUCAUCUCUGCCUUGGCAAAAUGUCAAUGUUCUCGUCUAACCACAUCGCAAUUUGGAGCGUAGGCUAUACCACCUUUCAAGUCCAUUCGCACAUUUUUCAUGAUAAAUAAUGGUGUAAUAAACGACAGUUUUCUUGACAUUUUGUUUUCAUUAUUCUGAUGGGCUCAUGUUUUACUGGUACAACGUACCCCCACUAUUUAUUUUGCCGGGAUGCCGUACCAGACCACUUUACUUUCACCCCUGCCAAUAUCUCUUAACUUUAGCGUAGUGAAUAACUUGUGAAUAACGAUCUGAUACACCUCUCUUUCUCAGGACUUCUGGCCAGACAUCAGCCAACGCCAACUCGUCUCGCUCCCACGCCAUCCUGCAGGUGAUCCUGCGGAGGAGGAAGCAGGUGCACGGGAAGUUCUCCCUGGUGGACCUGGCGGGGAACGAGAGGGGUAUUGACGUUCGCAGCAGUGACAGACAGACCCUCGUAGAGACGGCCGAGAUCAACCGCAGCCUGCUCGCUCUCAAGGUGAAUACAACUACUGUCUACAACUACUAGCUUAGUGCACACGUGGUAGCAAAACAUUCUGCAACGGAAAAUGUUUAUUGGACAUGUUCAGUUAGUCCCUCCAUUUUGUGCCUAGUGAAUAUCAUCAUAUAGCAGGCAUACACCACCUGUAUGUACAGCAAAACCCUUCAGAAAUGUGUUGGCAAUGUCACCAGUGGUAUCAAUGUAACAAUAUCUUUUGACCUCAAAAUAAGAGUUUAAAUGUGUAUGAUUUGAGAAUAUUCAGUGAGGAGCUAAUUCUUUCUACAGUGAGGGAAAAGAGUAUUUGAUCCCCUGCUGAAUUUGUACGUUUGCCCACUGACAAAGAAAUGAUCAGUCUAUAAUUUUAAUGGUAGGUUUAUUUGAACAGUGAGAGACAGAAUAACAACAUCAAAAUCCAGAAAAAUGCAUGUAAAAAAAUGUAUAAAUUGAUUAGCAUUUUAAUGAGGGAAAUAAGUAUUUGACCCCUCUGCAAAACAUGACUUAGUACGUGGUGGCAAAACCCUUGUUGGCAAUCACAGAGGUCAGACGUUUCUUGUAGUUGGCCACCAGGUUUGCACACAUCUCAGGAGGGAUUUUGUCCCACUCCUCUUUGCAGAUCUUCUCCAAGUCAUUAAGGUUUCGAGGCUGACGUUUGGCAACUCGAACCUUCAGCUCCCUCCACAGAUUUUCUAUGGGAUUAAGCUCUGGAGACUGGCUAGGCCACUCCAGGACCUUAAUAUGCUUCUUCUUGAGCCACUCCUUUGUUGUCUUGGCCGUGUGUUUUGGGUCAUUGUCAUACUGGAAUACCCAUCCACGACCCAUUUUCAAUGCCCUGGCUGAGGGAAGGAGGUUCUCACCCAAGAUUUGACAGUACAUGGCCCCGUCCAUCGUCCCUUUGAUGCGGUGAAAUUGUCCUGUCCCCUUAGCAGAAAAACACCCCCAAAGCAUAAUGUUUCCACCUCCAUGUUUGACGGUGGGGAUGGUGUUCUUGGGGUCAUAGGUAGCAUUCCUCCUCCUCCAAACACGGCGAGUUGAGUUGAUGCCAAAGAUCUCCAUUUUGGUCUCAUCUGACCACAACACUUUUACCCAGUUCUCCUCUGAAUCAUUCAGAUAUUCAUUGGCAAACUUCAGACGGGCAUGUAUGUGUUUUCUUGAGCAGGGGGACCUUGCGGGCGCUGCAGGAUUUCAGUCCUUCACGGCGUAGUGUGUUACCAAUUGUUUUCUUGGUGACUAUGGUCCCAGCUGCCUUGAGAUCAUUGACAAGAUCCUCCCGUGUAGUUCUGGGCUGAUUCCUCACCGUUCUCAUGAUCAUUGCAACUCCACGAGGUGAGAUCUUGCAUGGAGCCCCAGGCCGAGGGAGAUUGACAGUUAUUUUGUGUUUCUUCCAUUUGCGAAUAAUCGCACCAACUGUUGUCACCUUCUCACCAAGCUGCUUUGGCGAUGGUCUUGUAGCCCAUUCCAGCCUUGUGUAGGUGUACAAUCUUGUCCCUGACAUCCUUGGAGAGCUCUUUGGUCUUGGCCAUGGUGGAGAGUUUGGAAUCUGAUUGAUUGUUUCUGUGGACAGGUGUCUUUUAUACAGGUAACAAACUGAGAUUAGCUGGACUCCCUUUAAGAGUGUGCUCCUAAUCUCAGCUCGUUACCUGUAUAAAAGACACCUGGGAGCCAGAAAUCUUUCUGAUUGAGAGGUGGUCAAAUACGUAUUUCCCUCAUUAAAAUGCAAAUCAAUUUAUAACAUUUUUGACAUGCAUUUUUCUGGAUUUUUUUGUUAUUCUUUUCUCUCACUGUUCAAUUAAACCUACCAUUAAAAUUAUAUACUAUAGGUCCAGAGUAGAGCCUGACCAAUAUUUUUUUUUUGGGUCCGAUUUGUUUUUUUUGGGGGGGACAACUUUCCGAUACAAUAGAUCUGCCGAUAUAUACUGUUUUACGCAGAGAAAUGGAAAAGUAAAAGAAAAUUACACUGAAUUCUCAUAAAUUGCCUUCUAAAAGCGCAAUUGUCCAAUAAUGUUAAAAUGUUGAUUUCUUACAUUGUGAAAUUAAUGACACAUGAUAAUGGCCACAAGUGUUCAGAUAAGCAUGAGAUUCCCCUUUUCUGUCAUUUAUUGACUCGGUGGAAUUAUCUGGCUCUAGUAUAUUUCCUUGCUGUCCAAUUUUGCUAACUAUUUUCCUCUAUCCAUCUUUUGGGGAAUUAUUUUAUGCUCCUGGACUGUCUAGCUUUCGUUUCGAUGACUGAAGAUACUAUAUAAAUGUGGGUCAAUUUAUUUCUACACAGUUACAAUUAGGUUUUAGUUUGGAUGUAACGAUUCACCGAUACGCGUCGUUCCCGAGUCAGACGUUUUAAGAUAUGACUACAUCGGUCCGCUGACCCCAAACCUAUCCAAAUGUAGCAUGCAUAGGUCAGAAAAUAGAUUAAGAUGUUACAAAACUUCUAUUCACAUUUUUUGGUGGUAGUGGGCUCAGAUCAGGUGCCUACAUAGAGUAAUAUACACCAUAGACAUGCAUCAUUUACGCACACCCAGAAGUCAGCUCCGACAGAUCCAGCUCGGGGAGGCCCAGUUUAGGAGCUCCAUCAGCAGAUUUGAAUUUGGAAUGGAAAAUGAAUGCGUUACUGCAUCGAAUCAUAUCGAACCGAAUCACAUCGAUUAGUUCUCUAAUCAAACCAAAUCGCACUGAAUCAUUUCAAACCAAUCGUUCCUGCAUCGUAUCGGAGCUUAUGUACCUAGGUACGUAUCGAAUUGUCUUGAAAGGGAAAGAUGCACAUCCCUAGGUUUUAGUAAUUUCAGUGUCGAUUGAGAUCGUUUUUCUCUAUUUAAAAAACAAAUGUUUACAUUUUUGGGCCCAAACCACCCACGUGCCGGAUUUAGUGGGAUCUGUAUGUUUGACACCCCUGGUCUUAACGCUGCUUGCUCCCUCCUCUCCCUGUAGGAAUGCAUUCGCUCCUUGGGGAUGGACAGCCACCACAUCCCCUUCAGGAUGAGCAAGCUGACACAGGUGCUCCGAGACUCCUUCAUCGGAGAGAACUCCAGGACAUGCAUGGUAAGGCUUGUCUCCUUUCUUUGGGCUUUAGCUCUAGAGGCACAUGUGCUUGAUAAUGACAGCAAUGGAGUUGUCAAGAGCACCAACAGAUCUGGGACCAGGCUAAGCUGUGGUUGUUCCCCCUCUCUUGAAAAGGAAAAGGUGCUCACCAUUUUUUUUGACUCGUUGUUUUAUUUAAGCAAAGUUAAAAGAUUGACGUUUCAGACAUCAAUGACCUUCCCUCUCUCUACAUUACUAGAAGGUAGACCUAAUAUCGGGUAUAAUGUUGGUUGGUUUUCUUAUUUUCCAGAUUGCAAUGGUGUCUCCUGGAAUGUCCUCAUGCGAUUCCACUGUAAACACACUACGCUAUGCAGCCAGGUACCGUCAAAACAAUCAAUGGAUAUUAUCCUUAUUAUUUUGUUGUUUUUCCAGUAGUAAGCCUAAAUGUAAAACAAAUUUGUUGUCAUAGAGUGAAGGAGCUGAACGGGACGUCAAAGGUGAAUGAUGCUGAUCUUCCCAAGAAGAUUGAGAUGGAAGUGGACAGCUCUUCAUCAGAAGAGGUGAGAUCAAAAGACCAUGGGCCCUGGUCAAAAGUAGAGUGCUAUAUAGGGAAUAGGAUGCUCCUCGCCUGUUUAGUUGCUUAGCACUGAUUGGUCCUCAGGGGACAGACUGUGCUAAUUAAGUUUUUAAAAAGAGAUUUUACAUUUUAGUCAUUUAGCAGAUGCUCUUAUCCAGAGUGACUUACAGUUAGUGAGUGCAUACAUUUGUUUCAAAAAAAAAUUUCUGACCAGAUACUUCCUGUUCUUCAGUGUGUCAUAGCAGAGGUUCCCACACUUUUUAACUCGGGGGGGGGGGGGCUCCCCUUCCAGCAUUGAGGAACAUCCCGCAACCCCCCCGUGCAUGCGCCAUGUCAAUUUCUAUGGGCACAAGCACUGUUCAUGACACAAACUGUUCACACCCCUCUUGUUGCUGGAGAGAAUUUUGCAGGUUUAAAGCUAAUUUUAUUUUUAAUUCUAUACAUUUUGCCAUGUCUAAUGUGUAUUCAUGUGAUAUUUUGGUGACAAAAACAUUACAAUAUAUGUGGGCUAAAAAACCUAAAUAAACACAGUUAGCUGACAUGGGCUAGUUGAUCUGGACAUUUCUGACAAGUAAUAAAUAGCUCUCGAAGGUAUUCAAUGACUAACACGACAAGAGGAACUGAUGAUGCACUACCCAAUUUCUAAAUUGCUCCUUGUGCAUUCUACUAUUACAACUUUCAAGAGUACGUUUUAAAGCCGGACUGAGUUCCUAGAUGGCGCGUCCCCCAGUUUGGGAACCACUGUAGUAUCAAGUGCUAAAGUGGGCAUGUUAUUGACUUCUGAUCUUCUUUGCAGGACUCCAUUGUGCCCAUGACCGAUGUGUACGAGGCCAUAUCCCAGGUGUACGAGGCCAUAUCCCAGGUUUCUGAGCUGGAGGAAAGGGUACACGAGGAGUUGAUGGUAUACCUAUAUCUAUGUCCCAAAGACUCCUUGUCUGACAUAUUCUGAACCUAGAAUUGCAAUAUAAUUUGAUGCAACUGCAGGGCUCGACAUUAAUGCUUGUCCGGGGCAAGUAAAAUAAAUAUUUGGACAAGCAGAUUAUAGAUUUAAGUUGUCUGAGUGGACAAGUAUAUAUAUUUUUUUAAGUAACAUGCAAAAUUCACUAUCAAACAAUUAGGCUACUCCGAUCAUAAUUGGAUCAGUGUCCUCCAGAUGCGAUGUUUUGCUCACUGUCCUCCCAAUCUCUGCAGAGCGCAUUGGAAUGUAAUUAUUGUAGGCCUACAUUGACAGGCAUGAGCUGUCUUUCAAUCAUGCAGUUGUGAGAUGCGUUUUUGAGAUGAAAAUCAGCCUAGCCGCAAUUGCACAUUUGUUGAUAAUUGCUAGUGAGUCAUUUGCCCAGUUAUAGCACAUUUUUGGUUAGCAAUGAAAAUCCUGGAAAAGUCAUGGUGUGUGCAUCACCUGUGUGUGAGCCAGUGCGCCGUUGCCAGAGGAGAGAGCAAGAGAGACAUUUUGCACAGCGGGUAAAAUAAUGACAUACAACAGACUAACUAGAUUACCAGCCAAACUACACAAUGUUUUGAAUUGACUAUCUCGCUAGAUAACUAUUAGCAUGCUUUAAUGUCAUGUCCGAUGUCUUAAAAUAACUUUUCACUGGCACUAGUGUAUAACUGCAAAUGGCCAACACACAGUUGAUGAAACCAAUGCUGCAUACUGCGGUUCUAAAACAGUCUCUCAAGCACUCAAAAUUGGCUAGGAUUCUCCUCUAUUCAAUACUGGCCAUGUAAUUCUGACAAAGUUAACAAAUAUUCUUAGAAUAGCCUAACUGACAAGUAUCUCCUAUGCUGUCAAGAUCUCCCAUGAACACUGAAUAUUUUAACCUUACCAAUAGAUAAACGUCUUUGUUAGCUACCUCGUCCACAUUAGCCAUUUGAUCACUAGUUCAUUGAAUGAGGGAAUUAUUUUAUAAAGACAAAGUACUUUUAUUAAGUACUUUUAUAAAGACAAAAAGUACUUCGUUGUAAAAUAAUGUUGCAGGGUGGCCAACCCUCCUCCUGGAGAAUCCAGGAGAGCUACUGGGUGUGCAGGCUUUUGCUCCAGCCACGUGUUUUAUACAGUAGCCUGUCAGUGCAGUGUUUUACUUUGGGGGGGUUAAGUGCCUUCCUCAAGGCCUCAACGGCAGGAGAUAUAAUACAUGGGAUCAGAGAGCAGCAGCUUUCCAUUGUCAACACCAGUGACAAUAAUGAAGGUUGUUCUGUGUAGUGGUUCCUUGCAUCAUACAACACAAUUUUCUGUCAACUUUUUGGUUGGGGGCAAGUGACUUGAGCUUUCGGACAAGUAAAAAAUCUAUCCUACUUGUCCAAAGAACAAGUUGCUGAUAAGUUCAUGUCAAGCACUGCAACUGGACUGGAAAUAACAAAUAACCGUAGUGUUAAAAUGAUACUGUGUAAUGACACUUUUUUUGAAUGACUAAGUUCACUGUCUUUGUUUUCUUGUUUUCUGUUGUACAGGGAGCCAGUAAUAUUCUCAAGCCAAUGGAGAUGCCAUCAUAUGACAUUGAGGCUGGGGUGACAGAUAUUGUGGACUAUGCAAGAAAAUUACUGGGUGUGUGGAUGUGUUAAGAAACCAGCUACAUUUUGUAAUUCCAUCAACAACAAAAAUUCUCAGCCUAACCUGAGGUCUGAAGUCAAGGUUGAUCCCAAGUGCAUCCUCUAGCUUUUCUAACUCUGGCCUUGGCUGAUUAUUAUUUUUUAUUUUUUACAGACACAGUCCUGGCAUUGCAGUCUGCCAUUGAUGGAGAGCGACUGGCAAGGAUGUCACCCAAAUCAGGUUAUUGCUGAGAGGGACAGCCACUCAACUUGUUCACUUGGACAUAUUUUUCUAAUAAGUUUCAUGGAGUUGUUUUCUCAUGCAAUAACUAUUAACCAUUGUGCAAGGGUUCAAUUGGGCAUAAAUUCCCUUCCGCUAACUUUAAUUAAUGGUAAAUGAAAGAAAACACAGCCUCUCACUACAUACCAUAAAUGUCCAUGAAAGUAUGUUAACAAUUCAUGUUUUAAAUUGAUUUGUAUUCAAACUGGAGAUUUGUCCAACAUUUAAAUGAUUUAUGAAUAUAAUAAAGGUCUUUACCGGUAUGUUAUUUUGUUGCAUUUAUCAACCAACCAUUUGCCUGAUGCUGUUUAAUUUCCUUCAAGAA